AUGAAAACCUUGUUUGUUUCAGGAUCAGAUUUGCAAGUAUGUCUCCCCAAGGGUCCAACAUGCUGCUCAAGAAAGAUGGAAGAAAAAUACCAGCUAACAGCACGAUUGAACAUGGAACAACUGCUUCAGUCUGCAAGUAUGGAGCUCAAGUUCUUAAUUAUUCAGAAUGCUGCAGUUUUCCAAGAGGCCUUUGAAAUUGUUGUUCGCCAUGCCAAGAACUACACCAAUGCCAUGUUCAAGAACAACUACCCAAGCCUGACCCCACAAGCUUUUGAGUUUGUGAGUGAAUUUUUCACAGAUGUGUCUCUCUAUAUCUUGGGUUCUGACAUCAAUGUGGAUGACAUGGUCAACGAACUGUUUGAUAGCCUGUUUCCAGUUAUUUAUACCCAGCUAAUGAACCCAGGCCUGCCGGAGUCAGCCUUAGACAUUAAUGAGUGCCUCCGAGGGGCAAGACGUGACCUCAAAGUAUUUGGGAAUUUCCCCAAGCUUAUUAUGACCCAGGUGUCCAAGUCACUGCAAGUCACUAGGAUCUUUCUUCAGGCACUGAAUCUCGGAAUUGAAGUGAUCAACACAACCGAUCACCUGAAGUUCAGUAAGGACUGUGGCCGAAUGCUUACUAGAAUGUGGUACUGCUCUUACUGCCAGGGACUGAUGAUGGUUAAGCCUUGUGGUGGCUACUGCAAUGUGGUUAUGCAAGGCUGUAUGGCAGGCGUGGUGGAGAUUGACAAGUACUGGAGAGAAUACAUUCUCUCUCUGGAAGAACUUGUGAAUGGCAUGUACAGAAUCUAUGACAUGGAGAAUGUACUUCUUGGCCUUUUUUCAACGAUCCACGAUUCCAUCCAGUAUGUCCAGAAGAAUGGAGGGAAGCUGACAACCACUAUUGGCAAGUUAUGUGCCCAUUCUCAACAACGCCAAUAUAGAUCUGCUUAUUAUCCUGAAGAUCUGUUUAUUGACAAGAAAGUAUUAAAAGUUGCUCAUGUAGAACAUGAAGAAACCUUAUCCAGCCGAAGAAGGGAACUAAUUCAGAAGUUGAAAUCUUUCAUCAGUUUCUACAGUGCUUUGCCUGGCUACAUCUGCAGCCAUAGCCCUGUGGCUGAAAAUGACACCCUGUGCUGGAAUGGACAAGAACUUGUGGAGAGAUACAGCCAAAAAGCAGCAAGAAAUGGAAUGAAAAACCAGUUCAAUCUCCAUGAGCUGAAAAUGAAGGGCCCUGAACCAGUGGUCAGCCAAAUUAUUGACAAACUGAAGCACAUUAACCAGCUCCUGAGAACCAUGUCUGUGCCCAAAGGUAGAGUUCUGGAUAAAAACCUGGAUGAGGAAGGGCUUGAAAGUGGAGACUGUGGUGACGAUGAAGAUGAGUGCAUUGGAGGUUCUGGUGAUGGAAUGAUGAAAGUGAAGAAUCAGCUCCGCUUCCUUGCAGAACUGGCUUAUGAUCUGGACGUGGAUGAUGCUCCUGGAAGCAAGCAACAUGUGAAUCAGAAGGACAAUGAGCUAGCCGCCUCUCACAACCUUGGGAAUGUCCAUUCUCCCCUGAAGCGUCUAACCAGCCUGGCCAUCUCUGUGAUGUGCUUUUUCUUUUUCUUUCUGGUGCACUGACUUCAUAGUGCCUGUCACAUGUGCUGUUCCACAGCACCCCGUGGUCUUCCUCCAUAAAGGGAACCACUUUCUUAUUUUUUUUUCUAUUUUUUUUUAAUCUUAUAUACAUCCUCCAGCCAUUAAGUAGAGGACUAACCGUGUGUUAUGUUUUCGAAAAUCAAAUGGUAUCUUUAUGAGGAGGUAAAUUUUAGUUGUAGUAUAGAUUGUCUUUUUGCAAAGAAAAAACAUCAAGUUGUGCCAAAUUAUUUUCCUAUGUUUGGCUGCUAGAACAUGGUUACCAUGUCUCCCUCUCUCCCUCUCUCUCUCUUUCUCUCUCUCACUUUCUCUUUGCAUGGAUUUCUUUGGAAA